UUAUUUUGUACGAAAUUCAUUUGAGAUUUUUAACCAAAGAUGGUACACACAAUGUCUUGAAAAGUAAACAAACCGCGUUAUCGGGAAGUUUCUUUUGGUGAGGCAACAGCCCGAGAUUUUGUGAAGUGAUGUGGUUAAACCGCUACCUUUGUGAAGUUUUUGUACCAUAACGAGUGUUUGACUUAUUGUGCUAACAGUUUCUUUUCUCACGCUCGUAUUCCAUGUUGUAGAUGGUCGUCGCACGACCUGAUAAUGUCAGAGUACGAUCUUCAGUUCCAAGCGGACUUAGAGAAGGCGCAGGCUCUGAGUUUAGAAAGCCUAGCGCUCGAGCAAUUUCGAAGAAAGAAACAACUGAGCGGAGGUGAAAACUAUAAUGUCACAGCGAGCGCCAGUGCCCGCCGGCGCGAGGAGACGGAAGGACCUCCGCCCGCUCUCCCGCCGCCCCCGCGCCGCCCGUCACGAGGGCGAACGAGCACGGAUACUUCCAAAUCUACAAGCACAAGUCCUACUAGGAACGAAAGCAGUGACCUCAUAUCAUUUGCGAGUCCGACGAGUAAGACGGCCCCCAAGGACCCGCACGCAUCUCUCAAGGAGUACAUCGAACAGUUUAACAACGUAACGCAGCUGACACAAGAACUUGCACUAACAACAACAAAUCAGCCAGCAGCCAUGAACAACCAUUACUACAACCAGCGCCCAGGCUUCCCCCCAUACACUUACAACCAACCCCCAUAUAACCAAUACCCACCCUUCCAGUCACCCCCAUACCCGACCACCCCCUACGGCAUGCCUACACCCAUGACCCCACCUUACCCUUACUACCCUCCUGAUACCCCUUACACCGCUCCAAGGUUCCCGAAUGUACCCUAUAGUCAAACUAGAUUAUCGUCACCAGCACCUUACGUCGGUUACCCCCCUUCCCCUCAUACGCCUAUAUACAACUAUAAUACAACUAAUAUGAUUUCCCGACCUACGCGGCCGACACCGAGCAUAUACCCGCAGUUGAACCAAGUGCAUAGUUACCCGCCCAUGCAAGCUGGUACUGUUAAUACUGCUGGUACUAGUAAUAGUACUGAAGUGAAGGAAACGGUGGAUAGCAGUAAAGUGAGGAAAACGUCGGAAGUCAGCACUGGGUCGAACGAAUCCGCGGACACCGUCGGCAGCCUCCCGCCCCCGCAGUCCAACCUGAUCGACUUCGGCCGCGGCCAAGGUCAAGGUCAAGGUCAAGGUCAAGGUAGCGUGAGAGUCAGUGUGUUAGAAGCCUUCGAUCCGCUACUAACUGAACCCAGUAGCCCGGAAUAUGCAGUCGCUAGCGAAGGCUCUGGCAGCGUAUAUGAAGAGUACGACCCUUUAGACUUUCUAUACGGCGAGACAGAGAUGCGAGAGACGCCUGUAUACGGAAAGAUCGAUAGAAGGAAAGAGAGCGCGAUAUUGCCAUCGCCUCCGCCUAAAAACAUACCUAGCGUGCCGGCUGUCGUUAAAAGGACUACUACUAACAAACUGUACGACUGCAUAGUGAAAUGUAGGACGAGAAACAGUGAUAGCGAGCACAAUGCGUUUUUAAAGAUGGUGUUAGAUGUAAGAAAAAGAUUCGUCUAUUCUGACCACGUGACCAACCCCGGGCACGUGGUGGCGGCCCGCUCGGGGGGGAAAUACCCCCCCAAUACUAGUAUCAAGAUUCUAGUCCAGCACAACCAUUCAGAGGAACCUAUCACCUUCACAUCGGAUGUGGAGUCGACCGUAGAACAUGUGAUAUUGACCGUAGUUUGUUCGCUCGACGAUGUUACAAGAGAUGAUAUGUCUGGAUAUAUGUUAAGAGUAUGUGGUGCCAAAGAAUACCUAACGCCAGGCAGCUCGCUGAGCGAGUACGACUAUAUACGCGAGUGCGUUAGGCUAGAAAAGGACGUAAGAUUAUGCCUACAUGAAGGCAAGGAUCGAGCGUUGGCUAGGACGGAAAGAGAUGACGCUAGAGAUGCUCAUCUGUCUUUAGAUGAUUUGAUUCCUGUCCAAGGAGCGGCGCCGUUACUGUCUUUUGACAAUUUGUCCAUUUUGCUCGAAACGCUGGAAGGCGAAUUAUCUCGCGCAGUAGGCGUAGUGGGAGCUGAAGGCACCUGCUCACCCAAAGCAGUCUUCCAAGCCGUCAAGGCUAUCUGCGCCUUAGCGGAAGGAGUGGAGACUCUACAUGUGACUCACACACUUAAUGCUUUCGCGCAAGCAGCUACGGGUGCAUCGGGCACAAACUUCACAACCCCAGAAAUCCAAGCGGACACAGGUCAAUACUGCUCGGUGUCCAUCCGCUCCGCGACCGCGCGCGAGACCGUCCAGCAGCAGUGCCACCGCGUGCGCGACGCGGUGCGCGCGCUGCUCGCGCUCUACACCAGGACCAGGUUGCUGGACUUCCAACUGGCUGAUACGCAUUUGACCCCGCAGGGCGCAUCCGACAAAGCGACGCCAGCCUACAAGAUGACAGAAACAACACUAUUCUGCAUAGAGGCAGUCCACCGUCUGCCGCCAAGCUGGAACCACGAAGACUACGUUUUCCACGCCCAGGUGCACUACGGCACGAGACCGUUGAAGACGCUCCGGCUUACGCAAACUUCUAAAAUUGAUAGCGCUGGGUUCUAUCAGAGGAUCAUAUUUGAUACUUGGUUGAACCUAGAAGACGUCCUAAUAAGCCAACUCCCCCGCGAGGCACGCCUCGUUCUAUCACUGUACGGGCGCACUCGUCGCCCGGACGACGCGCACAACGAGAACGACAACGACCAGAACAACGACAGCGGAGACGUGCUCUACGACCAAGUGGAGCUGGGCUGGGCUAGUAUACAGCUGUUCGACUUUGAUGGCAUGCUGGCGACGGGCGCGUACGUGCUGCCGCUGUGGCCGGCGUGCUGCGAGCGGCGGCUCGGCCCCGCGCCGCAUCCCAUGGACGCGCCGCCCGAACCCUACCCCGUUGUCAAUAUUGAAAUCCCAACGUACGUCCACCACGGCGUGCGCUGGACGGCCGGCGAGAUAGAAAAAUCCAUAUCUGAACCGUUGCCGGCGUUCGACUCGCUCGACGGCCAUACACAAUCUCAGUUUCUACAUCUUAUUGAGCAGGGCGCGUAUCAGAGGAUGCCUACCGACUGUAGGGAGGUGAUGUGGGAAAAACGGCAAUAUCUCGUGGAACUCCCGGGCGCUCUACCGCUCGUAUUGCUGGCCGCCACGAACUGGUACGGCGAGCAGCGCGCGCAGCUCGUCAACCUGCUGCGGCGGUGGGAGAAACCCUCCCCGCUCAACGCCAUGCACCUGCUGCUGCCCUGUUUCCCCGACUCGGAAGUGCGAGAAACGGCGACAAGUCUCCUCAACGCGAUGUCAGACGAUGACCUCUGCCGCGUCCUCCCACAGUUGACACAAGCACUACGACAUGAGACCUACUUGACUAGUCCUCUAGCAGAACUAUUGUUGUCGAGAGCUUUAGCGGCACCAGCGGUAGCUCACAGAUUAUUCUGGCUCCUUGUCCAUUCACUACCAAAUGUUCCACAGGCACCAAGUCAAGAGUUCCUAGGUAUCACUCUAGAAGACAACACGACCGAGCCUCAGGAAGCCGUCGAAUGCGUGACUGCAACAUGGAGAUAUAGACUUAUGUUAAGGGCUCUGCUAGCGGUGUGUGGUGAACAACUUACACGAACUCUAGUCAGGCAACAGUUGUUAGUGAAGACGUUAUCCGAAGUGGCGUUAUCAGUGAAAGCCGCCAAAGAUGGCGGGCGCGCUCGUGCCCUCAGCGCCGGCGGCGAGAAGCUUGCCGCUCUACUGCGCGCAGAGCCCGCCGCUCUACCGCUCGCUCUGCACCAAUACGUCCACGACGUCGACGUCAAGUCGUGUAUGUACUUCAAUUCGAAUACUCUACCUCUCAAAAUUAACUUUAUCGGAUGUGACAACGCUGUCGUACCUGCCAUGUUUAAGAUCGGCGAUGACUUGCGCCAGGAUGCUCUAGUGCUUCAAGUAAUGAAAGUAAUGGAUAGCCUGUGGCUCAAAGCCAAUUUGGACCUCCGGAUGGUCACCUUCCAAACACUGCCCACAAGCGAUAGGAGAGGCAUGAUAGAAAUAGUAGCAGAGGCGGAAACUCUUCGAGCCAUCCAGACAGAGUUUGGCCUCACGGGCUCGUUCAAAGACAAACCCAUCGCCGAGUGGCUCGCCAAGCACAACCCCUCGGAGCUCGAGUACCAGCGGGCCAGAGACAAUUUCACCGCUUCGUGCGCCGGCUACAGCGUAGCGACAUAUCUCCUCGGAAUAUGCGAUCGGCAUAACGAUAACAUUAUGUUGAAGACAUCGGGCCAUCUGUUUCAUAUAGAUUUUGGCAAGUUCUUGGGCGAUGCGCAGAUGUUUGGCAACUUUAAGAGGGAUCGCGCACCGUUCGUCCUAACAAACGACAUGGUCUACGUCAUCAACGGGGGCGACCGACCCACGCAGAGGUUCCAGCAUUUCGUCGAACUGUGCUGUAUGGCGUUCAACGUUAUUCGACAGCAUCACGACCAUAUAUUAGAUCUGUUUGCUUUGAUGGCGGCAUCUGGCGUCCCCGGGGUAACGUCCACCGCCGUGAGCUACGUGCGCGCGGCGCUCAUGCCCGACGCCAGCAACGCCGAGGCCGCCGCCGCCUUCGCCCGGCUCAUACACUCCUCGCUCAAGAGCAGGUUCACGCCGAUAAACUUCUUCCUGCACAACCUGGCGCAGUUUCGUGCGAGCGGCGACACCAGCAACAGCUCCUCAGAACUAUUGUCCUUCAUGCCCAGGACUUACACGAUGGCGCAAGAAGGCCGGCUAGUCAGCGUCGAAUGUCUCGGCUUCGAGAAACGCUACGACCCUGAAAAGCACUACGUGUACGCUCUACGGAUCUACAGACAGGGCCAAGCCACGCCGUCCGUACUAUACCGGUCGUAUAAGCACUUCACCGAGCUCUAUCAGAAGAUUUGUCUGCACUUCCCGCUGGCUAAAGUUCACAGCUUGCCUUCGGGUCUCCACGUAGGCCGCUCAAACAUACGCCAAGUAGCCGAGCGGCGAUUCGGCGACGUCCAAGCGUUCCUAACCUCGCUCUUCAGUCUCGCGGACGAGAUCGCACACUCUGACCUGGUCUAUACCUUCUUCCAUCCACUCUUGAGGGACCAGCAAGAUGUUGAACCGCAGAGGAUGAAGCAUAAAGGUGAAUCCGUGGAAGCUGAAAACACAGGGUCCGGUUCCCUAAAGAUGUCCGUCCAGUACGCGGGCGGCGUCCUGUCCGUGCUCAUACUGCACGCGCAGUCGCUCGCCGCCACGGCGCAGGGCAUCCCGCCCAACCCUUAUGUCAAGGUGUACCUAAUACCGGACCCAACCAAAGAAACGAAACGGAAAACGCGCGUCCUCAAACGCAAUUCCCACCCCUCCUUCAUGGAAAUGCUUGAGUACCGCCUGCCCAUAGAUGUAGUGCAGGACCGCUGUCUACAAGCCACACUAUGGCACUACGACUCAUUACAGGAGAACACGUUCCUCGGCGGAGUGACGAUCCCCCUCAACACCCUCCCCCUCCGACAGGAGACCGUGGCGUGGUACCCGCUGGAGUACAUCCCGCGGUAGCCGCUGUGGACCGGUAGAUAGGACAAUUUACUCAUUUUACUUUGCCCUGUGUAAACACUGCGCCUACGGGCACAACGGCGCGUCGUGUAUAAACAUAACGGUCAGCGGUUUUUAAGGACAAUUUUAUUGUACUGCACCGUGGAAAAAUACACAAUUUUUUUACUGCAGACCGUAAAAACGGGACAUUUUUGCUGUGCCCAUAUAAAGUAUCUGUGGCCUAUAUGUAAAUGCACUGAGCCGUAUAGGCAUCGCUACGCGUCGUGCAUAAACAUGAACAGUCAGGGGUUUUUAAGGACAAUUGGGGCAUUUUCUAUGAAAAGGGACGUAAUUGUCGAUGGCGCUUACUCCGCACAGCGUUGCGCGGCAUUGUCUUUAUAACGGAGCAUCGCUAAUAAUAGCGUAAGCGCCAUCGACAAUAGGGUCGCUUUUUAUAGAAAAUACCACAAUUUUACUAUAUAAAAUCAUCAAAAUCAUGCAUCACUACACCUUAUAAAACAAAGUCCCCCGCCACGUCUGUAUGUAUGUAUGUUCGAGAUAAACUUAAAAACUUCUCAACGGAUUUUAAUGCGGUUUUCACCUAUCAAUAGAGUGAUUCUUGAGGAAGGUUUAAGUGUAUAAUUUAAGGUUCCGUGCGAGGCCGGGGCGGGUCACUAGUUGUAAAUAAAACGACAUUAUCUUGCUACGAGCCGAAACACAAUAACGAAUCGUUUACGAUUUUAGGACAUAUCACUUUGUAUACUUUUGUACAUUUAUAUAAUUGUAGGUUAUUAAUCAAAUUAUUAUUUUUAUUCAUCAACUUCAUUAAAAGCCAAGGCUUUCUUAAAUGCAUAUAAAAGGUGUACACCUUUUGUAUGCAGUAAUUGGGAGUAAUUCCGAGAAUGGACUCUGAUAUGUAUAAGUUUGUUCAUGAAAUAAACCGAUAUCUCAUAGUGAUUAGGAAUUACACAAAUACACCUUACGCAGGAAAUCGGGGUCCCUUUUUUCUAGGUAUAUGACAUCCAAUUAAAUUUAAAUUAUGUACAUUUGUGUCUCCAUGAGAGAAGGGUCCUUAUGCACAUGGAGCAUACGGACCCUUCUCUGCAGGAAAGCCACAUUUAUAAGAAAUCAGCCGCUCAGUUCAUUUUUGUUUACAUUCCACCCAUUUAUUCCAAUUUAAACGUACUUUUAAUGUGUUGGGUUUUUAAUAUCCAAUAAAAAUCGAUUUUAUUGACUUAUUGGUAGUUUUGUUAACGUUAUUAACGUUAUUGCUUUUGCUAAACUGGCCAAUAACUACUGUAAACGAUGAAUUGUACAUCCAUACUAAAAUUAUAAAUGCGAAAGUGUCUGUCUGUUACCUAUUUACCUCUUCACGCUUAAACCUCUGAACCGAUUUAGUUGAAAUUUGGUAUAGAGAUAGUUUGAGUCCCGGGGAAGGACAUAAGGUAGUUUUUAUCCCAGAAAUCAUCCUAUAAGGGUGUGAAAAGGGGGGUGGAAGUUUGUAUGGGAAAUCGAUAAAAAGCAGAUUGGAUAAAAAAUAAGCUACUCAAAUUACUAACUCUACGCAGACGAAGUCGCGGGCAAAAGCUAGUCAUUUGCAUAAUCAUGAAACAUGGCCAAUGUAUUGUAAGCGGCAAAUCGUGAAAAGAAUCCAAUUAAUUUGUGAUUUUACUGUUGUAUUGAUAUGAUGAAAUUUAUACCUUUUGUAUUGUUUUGUAUUAUUAUUCACAACGGCGGGACUUAAUCGCGUAAAAUAAGUUUCUCCGAGACCACGGGGACGACGCCGUCCUCGAAACGUCGGAGGUAAAUUUAAAACUUAUUUUACGCGAUUAAGUCCCGCCGUUGUGAAUCAUAAUCAGUAAAAACCGGACAAGUGCGAGUCGGACUCGCCAACCGAGGGUUCCGUACUUUUUAGUAUUUGUUGUUAUAACAGAAAUACAUCAUCUGUGAAAAUUUCAACUGUCUAGCUAUCACGGUUCAUGAGAUAUAACCUGAUGACUGACAGACGGACAGCGGAGUCUUAGUAAUAGGGUCCAGUUUUUACCCUUUGGGUACGGAACCCUAAAAAUCGUUAAAGUUUAAAUCAGUUGUUUUGUAUUGUUGGCCGUAUUCCGGUCCAUAUAAGUCUAGUGAAACUCACCGUGAAUCAUUCAAAACAGUUAUGAUGAAAUUUUUAUUGAGAUCUGAAGGUUGCGGGCGAAUAUGUUGUCAUAUUAAAUAACGGGUCACUCACGUAUUUUAAGUCGAAAAACGGUCGACAUGUUUCACUGCGUACCGAGGAGUGUCAUCAGGAGCUUGCGUUGACGGUGACGGACCGGACCUGCGCCAGCGGAGUCGAGCGUUUUUCAACUUAAAAUACGUGAGUGACCCGUUAUUUAUAUAGUUAAUAUGUCUGUGUGUCACGGAAGUUUUGUUAUUAAAAUAUGUUGUCACUUAACAAGUUUAAAGGUCAGAGCAUACCGAGUGCGUGUUCGUUGACAAUGACAUGCACGUGCGUGUUGGCGGCGCCGUGCACGCACGCAAGCGGUGUGCCGUCUCUCAUAAGGAUCUGUUUAUUACAACGCGCUCGUGCACGUCUAUUACGCACACGCAUCAGGUGUGCACAGGUCUUUACGGUUCUGUUAUAAACGUAUUAGGUAACAAUUUGUUUUUGACACGCGGUGAAUCAAUUGUUUUAUCAUGCACUGUAUUUUUAGUUAAUAUUUUAGCACAAAAUGAGAUGUGUCAUUCUCAAGCGAAAGGCAACAUAAAGGCGCCGUUUCAAAGCAUUCUUAUUUCUUUCGAAAAAAGUGGUUCCUUUUGCCGGAGAGUGUCACAAAUAAUGUAAAGUGAUAAUCACAUUUGUACAAUAUUAUAAUAAUUAAACGAUUUAAGAUAUAUUUUGGUGUGGAAGUCUGCAUCUUAAUAUUAUUAUGAAUUAUGACUGUGUUUAUUUUUAUUUCAGUUAAAGUAAGAUAGGAAUUAUUUUUAGAUGUACUAUUUAUUGGACUACAGCUAUUUCAAAUGCUUUUGCAUAAUAUGGAUAUUAAUUAUGUAUUUUCGGAGUAAUCGAUAAUUUUUUGGCGUUUUGUGAUGUAUUUGUAUUUACUUCAGUGUUGUAGGGUUUUACGUUAUCUUGCGUAAAGUAAAAUAAAAAUGUGAGGAGAUCGAUGAUCGCCUAUCAUGAUCUGUCUAAAAACAUUUUAUGUUAUGAUCAAACUGAAUUGUUUUUCAUUAAAAAUAUUUCUGUUUCAUGAGUCUUUUUUUAAAUGUUUUUUUUUUUCGAAAAGAACACACCAACUUUAUGCCUACGCAAAAAUUAAAUUCAAUAGUCAAAAUUAUUGUGUAUAACACUGUAAAAUCAAUAAACCGUAUUUGUU